AUAAGGGAACCUCAAGAGAGUUUCUCCUCAUACAUUUGUUGAAUCAUAGAUAUCUUCAACUUAAAAUAAUCUUUAUACCCAGUGGCAUAUUUGGGAGUAGCAUAGUCUGCUCUUUGUCUGAAGAAAGACAUAAAGAGUUCAUUGCAAAGUAAUGAUAAUGGGUGAGGAAGAUAAGAAUAUCUGAGAACUUACAGUGUCCUUAGAUGCUUUAUAUUUACAAAACCUAAUAUUUUGUAGUUUUAUCCCAGUUUUAUAAUUGGAGCACAGAGAAUGAACUGUGCUACAAGUCAUGAGCAAGAUGCUACGAGAGCCCCCAAAGCAAUUCCAUAUGCUGAUUCCUGAGACCGAAGCAUGCCCUUCACCGCUUUCUCCAUUUACCUGACUAACUGUGGGCUCAGCUCAAACCUGCCCAGGAAGAGCCGCAAGGGGACGCCCUGCACAGCCUUGCGUGGUAUCUGCAAGGAGAGACCCGUAAGGCGAGUUUACUUCCCCGGGGCAUUCGGUCUCAGCACCGCUGAUAGCCUUGGGUAUCUGGCAUUUGGGGCAGGAAGAGAAGUGGCACCUGGGGUUAGCUCGGAGCUGGGGCUUAGCUGGGAAAGCACCACUGAUUGGCGCCCUGUCCUCUACCCCCAGUGCUGGGUCGAGUUGCAAAAGGUGGAUAUAGACACAAGCAAAUAUUGACAGAAGCCAGGUCAGGGAGAGACCGUGGCAUCACAUCUACUGGGGAAGGAUAAACCUGCAGUUAGGAAAAGAGACUGGGGCACUGGAUUUGCCAGAAGCUGGGGAAUUUCUGAAACUGAGUUUUAAAACUAUCAGCUCUUUUACACAGUCCCUACCACACGAACUUCCUUACUGCUCUCCUUAUCCCCUGUUGCAAGAUUUGGAGGUGUUUUUACUUUGUAUUUUUUUCCAGUUUUCCAGGGAGAGAAAAUCAACAUAACCUCCUCUCUAGGAAGGAUGCAGAUGUCGUUGGUCUGAUCGUAAGCUGUGUCAGAAGAUCUCUUUGGACCCAAACUAGGUGGUUGGGCUGGGUUAAUUCCAGCGUGGUCGAGUCUUUGACUGGAGAUGUUCUGCGGGAUUUUGUGCUGUCUUGUGUUUGGGGGGCUGCUUUCGGCCUCAGCCGCACAGAGCUGUCCAGAAACGCCCUCAGUGAAGAACAGCAUGUCUGUCACAGAGGAGGUGGAAGGACAGGUUCUGGGGACUUACUUUUGUAUCAAGGGCUACCACCUGCAAGGAAAGAAGAGUUUUGUUUGCAAUGCCUCUGAGGAGUGGGUGGCUUCCGCCACUCAGUGCCGCUUGGGCCACUGUCCUGACCCAGUGUUGGAGAAUGGAGAGUUCAAUUCUUCAGGUCCUGUGAAUGUAAGCGACAUAAUCACGUUUAAGUGCAAUGACCACUACAUCCUCAAAGGCAGCACCUGGAGCCAGUGCCUAGAGGACCACAGCUGGGCACCUCCCUUUCCUGCCUGCAAAAGUAGAGACUGUGGCCCUCCCGAGAAGCCAGCGCAUGGCUACUUUGAAGGAGCGAAGUUCACCUCAGGAUCCACCAUUACGUUUCACUGCGAGAAGAGGUACCGCCUGGUGGGCACCCCGGAGCAGCAGUGUGUAGACGGGGAGUGGAGCAGCGCCCUUCCAGCCUGCGAGCUGAUCCCGGAAGCCUCCACACCAGUACCCCCGAUGGGGUUUGAGAGAGCAUUUCUUGCCUUUCGGGAGACUGAGGAGAUGUGUAGUGCCAUGGAGGACUUUAUGAAGAGAGUAAAGGGAAAUGGUUUAACAAUGGAGGAACUAAAAUACUCUCUGGAGAUUAAGAAAGCUGAGCUGAUGGCAAAAAUGUUGGUGUAACAUCAUGGGGAGCAGACUGGUGAUAGAAAUGCUCUUAUGAAUAAAUUUUCCUCCUGGUUCUAAAA